CAACACCAGAUAUGUCUAUUUGCCUGUAUGAUUACCUAUGUCAGAAUAUUGUUGGAUCAGAAGAUUACGUUAGACUAAUCAGAUUGAUUAACUCAUCCAAAGACCGAAUUUAUAGCUACAAAUCACCUACGAUUAUCACCAGUGGUAGUUUUGGUGAAGGACUAGAACUAAAACGGAGUGACUUAGAUAUAAUGAUUGUAACACAUGAGGUAGAGGUAACUGACCAAACAAUACUACAUGAUUAUCAUUCUGCUGAAAACUACUUUUUUUUAAUCACUGACGAUAUUAAACCUGGAUUUGCGUAUUUACGUUUGAUAAAAGGAAAUGCGAAAAAGAAGUUGCUGUGCCGAAGUAUUGAAGGACAUUUAUUUCUGCCAAUUGCAUUUUUUAAGCAACACCUUCUUAGUGAACAUCAUAUGGUUGUUCAUGGACCGUGCUUAUCCGAUGAAGACGGACUAUUUGACUUUGCCUAUUGUGUACACGCAAAAUUAUGGAUAACUUCAGCUUCAGAAUGGGUUACUAGAUCAAAUAAUUCAUGGCCAACUAAUGAAGUAAAACAAAAGAUUAUCGAUCAUGGUGUCCUGUUUGUACCAAUUGGCACAGGGGAAAAUCAAAACGAGGAAUUAAAUGGCGUAUAUCCUUCUCUGUAGCUGAAAAAUUUCUGAUAUAUUCAUUUACUCAUACACAGUUGUUAUGUUAUGCUCUAAUGAAAAUUCUUUUGAAAGAUGUUAUAAGCGAAUCUCCCGGAUGUAAAGACUUACUUUGUUCAUACUUUUUUAAAACUAUCUUAUUCUGGCUUUCUGAAGAAUUGCCGACAUCGAUGUGGAAAAAAGACAAUUUAAUACCUUGUUUUAUGAAAUGUGUCAAGAGACUGAUUUAUUGUGUGGAACAAUCGAUGUGUCCACAUUACUUUAUUCCAGAAAACAACCUUUUUGAAAAUAAGAUUAUUGGACAUGGCAGGAGAAAAUUGUUAGAAACAUUGUAUAUUCUUAUUGAUUACGGAUGGCAAUGUAUUUUUUUCUCGGCAAACAUAUCCAUGGUGUCGUUGAUUUGUACUGUACAGUUCAAGGUUGAUUUGUUUUUGAAUAACAUUCAGAAGAUAAUUAAGUCAAAAGUAACCUUUCCUCGUGCAAUGUGUCCAAAUGUAAAAUUAAUCGAUUUUGUAGGAAGUUUACAAAUAGUAUUCGCAAGUCAAACACAGAAAUUAAGAUCUCUUCUUUUACUCAAUAUGACUCAAACUGGUUUGAUCGAAGCACAAAUGGUUCUGUUAUCCGGUUUACAAAGUAACCAUAACAUAUAUAAACGAUAUAAACAAUGUCUCUGUAAUCUACUCCUAAGUACUUACCAUGAUGCUGCGACUGGUUGGUUGAUGUUGGUGUCAUUAUUCUACAAAAACAAACAAUACAACAAAGCUCUUUGUGUUCUGUCAUAUUUACUCCAAAAAAUUACUAGGGAAAAAUUGUAUUUUGGUGCAAAUUUAUCUCACAUACAUCGAGAACUAUUCCGUUUCAAAACAUUUAGGAAAAGAGGAAUAAUUCGAACACUAAGAAUUCUAUUUUUACCUUCAGUUAUUUUUUACAAGAAAGAUUACCUUAUUCCAAACGAAAUAAAAACGGGUGCUACUGAUUUGAACCCUGCCAUGAUAACUCCAGUUAUAUAUCUUCAUUUCCUAACAUUUUUGUGUCAUUAUCAUCUGCACAAUAUCGGAAAUUAUCAGGAAUCACUGAGUGACCUUCGUUUAACAAUAGAAUCAGUAAUGAUCAUGUUGACAAAUCUGUAGCCUACGACUGUCUUGGAGUAGCUUUUCAAAUUUCAGGUGAUAUGGAAUCAGCUAGAGAAGCUUUUUUAAGAUCAAUUAAACGUUUUUAUGAGCCUUUACUGAAUCGCUCAUUUAAACGUCUGUAUAUGAUGGAUCUACUGUGACAAAUAAUCAUUCCAGAUGAAUUAAAAACUAAUGUUCAUAAUUUCGUUUACUGGCUACCACGUUCUUGUGUCAUUAUUAUCAGCACAAUGUCAGAAAUUAUCAGAACUGACUAUGAGAUUUUCGUUAAACAAUAGAAGAAGAUUAUUUUAUUCCGGAGAAUAAUACCAAAGCUGUAGCCUACGAGUAUCUUAAAUAAUACAGAUAAUAAAGCUUGGAUUAUAUCAAUAGAACUGUAUCUUGACCAAAUAUUGAAUAACACUUCUAAACUGCAGUGAAUGAUGGAUUUAGUUUGAAAACGUAUUGUAUCGUUUAGCAAUUACACGAUAUCAGCGAUAGCUUUUGCAGAACAACUUAUUAAUGCAAAGUAUAAAUCAUUUAAUUAGAUUAAAUAUGACAAGCAAAUAUGUAUUUCCUCAACAAUGUGUAAUCAUAACGUUAUUGUUUCUGCAUCCUGUUUAAAAGUUAUACAGGGUUAAC